AUGACGACCCCCGCCAAACAGACGAAGCAGGAGGAAGGCGAGGAGGAAUCCGUCCUCGUCUGCGUCCGCGUCCGGCCGGCGGGCGGCGCCGACGGCGAGGCGGGCUGGACCGUCGAUCAAACGACGAUCACGCAAGCGGCCGGCAAGCACUCCGGCGAGCGUUAUAGGUUCGACGCGGUGUGUGGUACUGAUGUACAUACGGAACAAGUCUACGAGAGGAGUUGCCGGGAAGUCGUGGGCGGCUUAUUGGUAGGACGGUCCGGCACGAUCGUCGCCUACGGCCAGACGGCGUCGGGCAAGACGCACACGACCCAGGGCGUCAUGCGGCUCGCCUGCGAGCAGGUCUUCGACGAGGGCACGGCCGAGGGCGGUGUUCGAGUGUGGGCGUCGUAUCUUGAGGUCUAUGACGAGAAGCUCACCGAUUUACUCGACGCGAGGUCCUCAGUACAAGUCAAGGACAAGCCGGUGGUCCGCGUCACGGGCGCGCACGAGGUGCGCAUCGGCUCGCCGAACGCCCUGGAUGCGGUCGUCAAUAGGGGUGAACGGAACCGAAAACGCGGGGCGACGCGACUGAACGCGAAGUCGUCGCGGAGCCACGCUGUAUUAAGACUGCGCGUCGAGACGGACGUCCGAGGUGUAAGGUUUGAGGCGACGCUCUGUGUGGUCGACCUGGCGGGGUCCGAGAAGCCUAAAAGAAGGAAGUCGGGAGAGCACUCGCAGAACGGCCAGCGGGCCUGGGUGAGCGCGCCUGAAACGCGGUUCCACGAGGGCGUCGGCAUCAACAAGUCGUUGAGUGCCUUAAACCAUGUGUUGAGGCAGAUGGGCGACCGCCUGAAACCCAGUUUUCGCAACGCGACUUUGACGAGGUUGCUGCAGCCCACGUUACAAGGACGGGCUAAAUUAGCACUGAUCUGCUGCGUCGCGCCGGGGACGGCCCAGCUCGAGGAAACCAGAAGGACGCUCCAAUUUGGAAGAAGGGCGGCGCGCGCGUCCAUCCGCAUCGUGCCGAACACCGUCGUACCGAAGAAAAGUGAUCCAGAGGCGGCCGCGCGGGCCGAGAGAUUAGAGAGGGAGAACCUGCAGUUGGCGCGCGCCGUGGCCGCCCAAGCGGCGAAGCUCGAGGAGAAAGCUAGACGCAUCAAGACGCUGGAGAAGCUGGCGCUGAGCGUCGGCGACGCCGACGCGAUCGCCGAGCUUAAGAGAAGGCGGCGGCGCACGACGGGCAACGUCUUGCGUGAUGAAAGGGAGAAGCCGCCGCGCGCGUCGCUGGACGCCGUCGGCGCUCUCUGUAGAAGGGCGGAGGCGGCCGAGGCGGCUCUUAAACAGAACGCGAGCGACGGUUCGGUGCCGGCGUCCCCCAUUGCUACGCCAUCGCGUCGAUUACGCAACACCGCCGACGCAGGCGCGGCGCGCAUGAAAACGACCGAGGACGCGCUGGCGCGCGCGGCGCGCGCCGAGGCGGCGCUCGCGGACGGCGGCGACGCGCGGGACCGGUGCGCGGCCGCCGAGGCGCGCGCGGCGCGGGCCGAGGCCGACGCGGCCGAGCGGGCGCGGCGCGCCGACCGCGCCGAGGCGGCGCUCGCGGCGUCGCGCGGCGCCGCGGCCGACGCGGCCCAGGCCGCGGCGGCUUUAGCCGACGACGCGGCGGGCUUCACGCAGCGCGUCGCCACGAUCGUGGACGGCGCGCGCGACGCUUGUGCCGAUGGAUUGGUCGAGGGCGCGCUGAGCGCCGCGCGGUUAUCUUUGGCGCGGGAAGGCGCCGGGGCCGAUGCGGUGGAGGCGAUCGAGGCGGCGGCGCGACGCGACGCCGAGGCGGCGGCCCGGCGCGAUGCCGAGGUGGCGGCGCGACGCGACGCCGAGGCUGAACAACGGCGAAACGCCGAAGCAUUAUCAGCGGCGCGCGCCGAGGCGGAAUUGAGAAGACAGUCGUCGGAACAACACAAGGACGAGUGCAAGGAGCUCCGCCAGACCGUGCGCGACCUCAAGGGCACGAUCGGGACGCAGCGCGCCUACAUCCGCGCGAACGACGACGCCGACGACCUGCGACUGCAAUUGAGAAAGCUCCAGCGCGCCUUGGACGUGGCCGAGGCCAAGGCCUCCAAAACCGAUCAAUUGGAGGUGCGUUUACAAGAUCUGCAGAACGAAUUGGAGGCGCACCGGGCCCAGGGCGAGGUCUUCGCCGUCGACGCGACACGGCUCUCCGUGUGCCCGCCCGUGCCGCCGCCCCUGCCGCCGCGUCCCCAGUCCGUGAACGUGACGCUCGCCGACGGCGCCGUCGUCCCGGCGUCGACCGUCGCGCCGGCGGCCCCGACGGUCGCGUCGGAUUUCGACGCGGAGCUGCUGGGCGCCUGCCGCAAGCACCACCUGACGGGCCGGUGGCGGGUCGUGGCGCGGCGGUUGAAGUUGUGGCGCAUCGUCCAGACGGCGCACGCGUUGCGGGAGCACUGCGACGCGCCGACGCCCGUGGCGUCGCCCGUGGCCGAGGAACAGCCGUCGCCCGCGUCCACGGAGGAGGCGCCGUCUCCAACAAAGACGGAGCCCAGCUCGCAGCCGCUCUCGCUCUCGGCCUGGGCGUCGGCGGCGCCGUCGCUGCCCAAGACGCCGCCUGCGGACACCGCCGGCGCGCUCGGCGCGCUCGACGCCUGGGCGUCGAAACGGUCGCCCGAGCCUGCCGCGUCCGCGUCGCCGGAGCUGGCACUCGGCGCCUUCAGCCGGAGGAGCCUCGAGUCGCCGGCGCGGUCCCCGCGGAAAGCUGCUCCUACCUCUCCUCUUGCGGCGUUUAUGGCCAAGGUGCCGAACCCGACCUCCCCGGCGCUGUCGCCGCGGUCUCAAUCACGAAAGUCGCCGUCGAAGCUCGCGGCCUUCGUGGCGGCGGUGCCGAACCCCCAGUCGCCGCGCGCGCCGUCGCCGCCGCUGUCCUCACGAUUACGAAGUUCGGCGGGCGCGAACCGGAAGCGGUCGAAGACGCCGGGUUCGCGCAAGACACCCAUCAAAACGCGGGAGAACUCGCCGCCGCCGCGGCGCUCGCCACGCCGGUCUCCGCGGUUCCAGCGCUCGGGCUGAUUCCCCCCCUUUAGGA